AAGUCAGGCUAUAUUAGCUCUUCCCAGCCCCCAACAGAACCAACUCCGUUGCCAUCCAGGUGCUUAAUAAGCAUGCACUUGGUGUCCUAUCGACUUACGGGGAUAGACCUGCAGCCCCAGGGGGCUUGGAGUCUUCAUUCUUCUGUGCCCCUUACUGAUGUUCCCAAACCAGGAUGUCUGAAACUCAGAACCCGGGAUGGCUCCUGGCACAUAGUAGGCACUCAAAUAUUGAUUGGACUGAUGUAUGACACCAAGAAGCAAAACAGGAUGAGGUAUAACACUCCUGGCCCCUCUCCUAGACCUGCCCGCCCCUUCUGAGAAAUGCCCAGAAGCUUCUUGGGGAGGCGCUUGCCAGCCUGGACAUCCAGGCACUCGGCAGGCAGCUCUAGCCCUUGCCUCCUGUCAGCAUAAUGCAUCCAUAUCUACAAUAUGGCAAAUUUCAUAUCCUCCCACCCACUUUCCUGCAUUAUUGAUGGGCUAUGCACUUUUUAAAAAUCAAUUAGAUCAGGGCGUGGAGCUGGAGUUAAAAAAAAAAAAAAAAGCCUUUAAAAGUCUGCUCUGUUUUUUUGCUGUUUUGAAUAGGAACAGAUAAAGCUUUCCCUCUGGUUUGAAUAAGUCAAGCCCAGGGCUAGCUUGGCUGUGAUUGGCCAGGACUAGGAAAAUGUGGUUAAGAUGCAAACCCAAGCAAAUAUAACCCAGUGUCUGUGCAGCCAUUACUAAGCUCAGGCGGCAGACCUGGAGACUCCUGCUUUGGGGUGGUUCUUCAAAAGCGCUGCUGCUUACUUGCCAGCAAACUGGGAAGACUGUGGGAGAGAAGCAAGGCAAGGUAAGGUCUUUUCGGUUUACGGGUGCAUGCCAGUAGAGCGAUCCUACUGAACAAGGAAGAAACAAAAGGGAGAGGAGAUUGAGAUUUCCCUUGCUCUGUCUUCGGUGAGGCUUUUAAAGGGUUGGACCAGGAGUUUGAAACACAUUUUGCAAAGUUCUGCUGAAAAACCAAGGGCCUUUUUAGAGACCUCUGAACAGAUAGGGCACAUUUUUAAAAGCUGGGGAUGAAGAAGACCCCUCAGAAAGAUGGUCUGGGGCAUGGGAGAGGUUAAAACCAGCAACCUCUGUUUGGGGUCCAUUCAUACUGCCAUCUCUCUAAGAAUUAAGGGCCACUAGCUUUUAACUCGUGAUUUCAAAACUGCACCCCACCCCAGGGGUUUCUGCAGUGAUCUUAAAGGGUGCUGAAUUCAUAAGAACCUGGGAGGAGGGAGAGAGGGACUAAGUUUGGGGGAAAUUUGAUGUCACGGAUGGAGUCGCAUUUUCUGGGUGUUCCAGUGUGGCUAGAAGUCCCUUUGAGCAUGUCCUCUCCUGCAUUUGGGGGACCCAGGACCCGUAAGAUCCUUCCUGCUGACAAAUGGGACUGCUUUUGGCCUCAAAGACGGCCCUAAUUAAUGCCAGUUGGGUUGGCUUUUACCAGGUUGACACUUCUCUACUUUCAAGGAGUGAAUUCAUUGGCCCUUGUCCCCUUUGCCUAGUUACUAACAGCAUUUGCCUUGAAUGACUGAAAUGGAGGGUCUGAAGAAAACCUGAACAAAUAUUUCCUGGCAGUUCUGAGCAGCACAGGGUGGGGCAAUGCAAGUUAUCAAAUUAAAUCCUCAAACAGUGGCUGCUCCGCCUCGCUGCUCAGCUUUAGUCCUGCCAUAGCAGUAGACAAAGGGAGUUUGUUUUUGUGUUUUCACUAAAGUACAUACUAAACAGCACAUAUUCUCCAAAACCGGGUUCAUCCACCACAGCUCAAGGAAAGAAUGGCCAGACAUGCUCCUCUUAACAAGCACAGUGUGCCUCUAGAUCGCAAAGCUCCCCACAGCCUUUGUGGAUGGGUUUUCAUCCGACAUAGACCAUCAAGCCGGUCCUGUUCCUUUGCCUCUUGGGCAUAUCCAUCAUGUGUAUUGUCAUCAGAUUGUAAGCUCCCUGAGAGCAAGAACCAGGCAUGCCUUCUAAUUACAUAAAGGCCCUAUGGGACCAUGGACAUGUGUAGGUGCUUGAUAACCCUGGAUACGCCUUGAAUAGAGAUGGUGCAUGAUCCACACAGACUUCUCUUUACCGCUGCCUUCCUCCCCCCACCCAAGGCCAGACACAGCACCACUGGCUCCUUAGGGUCGGGAAGAGGGAGGGCAGCAGCUCACUGGCAGGCCAGGCCACGCCCACCUCCCCCUGUUGGCACCUGUACUCUGUCCCAGGCCCAGCCUUGCUUGCCAUUUUACUUUUUUUUUGCUGUGAGGUACAGGGAAUAUAUUAGUCAAGUAGGAUGGGUUGUCUGAGUUUUAGGAUAGUUUACUUGAAAGUAAAAGCUCAAAGAAAAGGUCAGAGAGUUGACUGUGGAGGAGCGGGGAAGAAAUAGAGGGGAUGAGAAUGAGAGAAGGCAGCCCAAUUUAGAAAUACGUAGUUUGACAUCAGCUUUCUUCCUGGUGUACCACUGAAUUUAGAUAAGUUUAGGAAGGGCUGCAGUACAUCAAAAACACUAAAAGCACAGAUUUUAGGAUCAGAUAAGGAAUUCAUACUAGUGUGUGACCCUGGACAAAUUAUUUUAUCUCUCUGAGCCUGUUUUCCUACAAUGUAAGACAAAGAAAAUACACUCAGCUUAUGAGAAAUAAAUGAGAUAAAGUGAAUCAACACAGGGCUUAGCAUAUUUAUCACUCCUUCAGUCAAUAACCUGGUGUUACCAGAGUUCUUCACAAGGGAAGUGGCAAGUGGGAAGCAGAACUUCCGGGUGGGAGUCCUGGCAGCCAGGCUAACGAUGUGACCUUGGACAAGUCAUUUCCCCCAUCACUGUGAAAUAGCAGGACAUGGCAGGGUGGCUGACAAAAGGUUCGGAAGUGACUUAGGAAGAAAGCUGGAUGAAUGCCUGCUGGGACAGGCCUCAUCUCCCUGCUUGCUCUACGAUGUUUCAGUCCCAGGAAGACGAGAGCCAUGUCUCUGAGCAGCGCCUUCAGGGCUGUGGGCAACGACCCUGGGAUCAUCACCUGGAGAAUAGAGAAAAUGGAGCUGGCGCUGGUGCCCCUGAGUGCCCAUGGCAGCUUCUAUGAGGGGGACUGCUACGUCAUCCUCUCGACCCGGAGAGCGGGCAGUCUCCUCUCCCAGGACGUCCACUUCUGGAUCGGCAAGGACUCCUCCCAGGAUGAGCAGAGCUGCGCAGCCAUCUACGCCACUCAGCUGGACGACUACCUGGGGGGCCGCCCCGUGCAGCACCGAGAAGUCCAGCACCAUGAGUCCGACACCUUCCGCGGCUACUUCAAGCAGGGUAUCAUCUACAAGAGGGGGGGUGUGGCCUCUGGGAUGAAGCAUGUGGAGACCAACACCUAUGACGUGGAGCGGCUGUUACACGUGAAGGGGAAGAGAAACAUCAGGGCCACGGAGGUAAGUCCUCCCACUCUUUCUGGGCCCAGGGCCUCUCUACCUGGUGCCCAAGGAUUCCUCUUGAAUAAUGUCUACCUCCAGGUGGAAAUGAGCUGGGACAGUUUUAACCGAGGUGAUGUCUUCUUGCUGGACCUUGGGAAGGUCAUCAUCCAAUGGAAUGGUCCAGAGAGCAACAGCGGGGAGCGUCUGAAGGCUAUGCUUCUGGCAAAGGAUAUUCGGGACAGGGAGCGAGGGGGCCGUGCUGAAAUAGGAGUGAUCGAGGGAGACACGGAGGCAGCAAGCCCAGAGCUGAUGAAGGUCCUUCAGGACACCCUCGGCCGACGCUCUAUUAUCAAGCCUGCAGUCCCAGAUGAGAUCAUAGAUCAGCAGCAGAAAUCAAAUAUCAUGUUAUAUCAUGUCUCAGACUCAGCUGGGCAGCUGGUGGUCAGAGAGGUAGCGACGAGGCCGCUGGUCCAGGACCUACUGAACCAUGAUGACUGCUACAUCCUGGACCACAGCGGAACCAAGAUCUACGUGUGGAAAGGAAGAGGAGCCACAAAGGCUGAGAAGCAGAUGGCCAUGUCUAAGGCCCUGAACUUCAUCAAGAUGAAGGGCUACCCCAGCAGCACCAAUGUGGAGACCGUCAACGAUGGUGCUGAGUCAGCCAUGUUCAAGCAGCUGUUCCAGAAGUGGUCGGGGAAGGAGCAGACCGUGGGCCUGGGGAAAACGUUCGGCAUUGGUAAAAUCGCUAAAGUUUUCCAGGAUAAAUUUGAUGUGACUCUGCUGCACUCCAAACCAGAGGUAGCUGCCCAGGAAAGAAUGGUGGACGACGGCAAUGGAAAAAUCGAGGUCUGGAGAAUUGAAAACCUGGAGCUGGUCCCCGUGGAGCAUCAGUGGCACGGCUUCUUCUAUGGGGGAGACUGCUAUCUGGUUCUCUACACAUUCGAGGUUUACGCGAAGCCACAUUACAUCUUGUACAUCUGGCAGGGCCGCCACGCCUCACAGGACGAGCUGGCAGCCUCGGCAUUCCAGGCGGUGGAGGUGGAUCGGAAGUUUGAUGGGGCCCCUGUGCAGGUCCGGGUUAUCAUGGGGAAGGAGCCACGCCACUUCAUGGCCAUCUUCAAAGGAAAGCUGGUUAUCUUUGAGGGUGGGACUUCCAGGAAGGGAAAUGCCGAGCCCGACCCUCCAGUAAGGCUCUUCCAAAUUCAAGGAAAUGACAAAUCUAACACCAAAGCAGUGGAGGUGCCGGCCUUCGCCUCCUCCCUGAACUCCAAUGACGUCUUUCUGCUGCGGACGCAGGCAGAGCACUACCUGUGGUACGGCAAGGGGUCUAGUGGGGAUGAGCGGGCAAUGGCUAAGGAGCUGGCCGGGAUUCUCUGUAAUGGCACCGAGGACACUGUGGCCGAGGGUCAGGAGACCCCGGAGUUCUGGGACCUGUUGGGAGGGAAAACUCCCUAUGCCAGUCACAAAAGACUACAGCAGGAAGUCCUGGAUGUCCAGCCCCGUCUCUUUGAAUGUUCCAAUAAGACUGGCCGGUUCAUUGUCACUGAGAUCACAGAAUUCACCCAGGAUGACCUGAACCCAAGUGAUGUGAUGCUCCUGGAUACCUGGGACCAGGUGUUCUUGUGGAUUGGGGCUGAGGCCAAUGCCAUAGAGAAGGAGAGCGCUCUGGCUACAGCCCAGGAGUACCUGCACACUCACCCUAGUGGCCGAGACACUGACACACCGAUCCUGAUCAUCAAGCAGGGGUUCGAGCUUCCCAUCUUCACAGGCUGGUUCUUGGCCUGGGACUCUCACAUUUGGAGUGCUGGGAAAUCCUAUGAACAGUUAAAAGAAGAGCUGGGAGACACUGCUGCCAUCACGAGAAUCACUGCUGACAUGAGGAAUACAACCUUCUCCCUGAAUUCUGAGAUAAAAUAUUACCCUAUAGAAGUUCUACUGAAAAAUCAGAAUCAAGAAUUGCCUGAGGAUGUGGACCCUGCCAAAAAGGAGAAUUACCUCUCUGAACAGGACUUUGUUUCUGUGUUUGGCAUCACAAGAGGGCAAUUUGCUGCUCUGCCUGGCUGGAGACAGCUCCAAAUGAAGAAAGAAAAGGGGCUUUUCUAAAUCAAGCAAGCAUAGACAUCCUGCAAGAGCACAGAAGAGAGCAGGUAGUGCCAAUAUCAGGAAAGAAUGUAUCUACCUAUCGUUGCCUAACAUUCAGCUACUUCAUUUAGAUAAAACAGGGUCUGCAAAUCACAGCAUGUUCUCCAUUUUUCUCAUCCCUGCAUUCCUUAGUUGUUAUAUACUCACUUUUUAAUUUUUGUGGCCUUCUGGCUAAAGCCUCGGCGGAAAGCACUAAAAACUACAUGAAUCUGGAGAAGCCAAAAGUCAUACAACAAAAAAACAGCAACUAAGUUUAAAGUGUUUAGGCAGAAACCUAAGUUUGUCUCCAAUUUUAAGAUCAGUAUUUCCAAAACCGAUUUACCCACAAAUCAUUGAAGUUAAUUACAUGUAUAUCCCAAAGCCAAAAUCCAAAUGCCCAGAUCUGUAUGUGCCAGAGCUUUUAACUUUUCAAAUAAAGAUACCUAUAUGAGCAAA